CGGCAAAGAACUUUCUGUUGCCAUAAUCCAGGAUGGAAUCAUACAUUUCAUAGAGGUCACCUUGCAUACACCUUAUCGACAUGCCGAGAAAGCGCCAUUGCAAUGCACUGAGGAAAGUAUGGUACCCAGAAACUAUAGCAAAAUGCACCGCAGAAGCGGUGUGUGCUGUAUUCAACCAAGAUGCCACAGAUUCUGUUGAAUCCGAUAAAUACGUUUUCCUACAGAACAAACUCGACCCGAAAUAUAGGCUUAAACACUAUAUGGGUAAUGAGGCACCCAAAGAAGUUAUGGAAGCUAUAUUCAGCCUAACGAAGGAUAACAUGUCACAGCUAUAUGACGCAGUUGGAUUCCUUGGAGGAUGGAGAGAUAACACGAAGCUCCGGGAACUUAGUGCAGCAAAAACACAUAUCCUGGAACUAACGGAUGAUAACGGAAAAUUGGUUGGAUUCGUAAGCUACCGCUUCCUGCUCAUCUCAGAUUGCCAACCUACCACGGAAGUCUGCUAUAUAUAUGAACUCCAAGUGAAUGCAAGUCGAAGGUCAUCCGGUGUGGGCAGAUACUUGAUGAAAGCAGCAGAAGUUAUCGCUAAAGAAGCAGGAGCGAAAAAGUUGAUGUGUACCGUAUUAAAGACAAACAAUAGGGCAGUAGCAUUUUAUCGCAACAAAUGUGGAUUCACAGAUGACGAAAGUGAUCCUAGUUCAAUAGACUUUGAGCACAGGCACGAUUAUAUAUACUACAUACUCAAACUCGACAUUGCGCCCCUGGUAACCAUACAGACAUGAUGCCAGCAUAUCGCCAAGAUUCACUCUAUCAUAUCGCACAAGUUGAAAUGAGUGAUAAUAACUUGCAUUAGAACCGGAAAAACACAUAAAU